CCCUUUCCCUCUGCCCUGCACAGCACCCCUCGCCUUGCUUGCACUCCCCUCGGCCUCACCUCCUUGCCCACACACCCUCACGCCUCAGCUGCCUGAAUUGUUAUCGGCGUCCAGUCUUCGACUCGUAUGUUUCGGUCACUGUCGCUUCAGCCGUCCGUGCUAGCCUGAGGGUUCUUUCCCUCUAUCCUGCUAAACGGAACGAUAAUUGUUGUUGCCAUGUCGCGGCGUGAAUUGUGAAUAGCGGGUAGCAGUGCGCCGUCCGCCAUGGCGCACAGAAAGACCUCCUCGCAGACCAGGCCGCACGCGCAGCCGCGUGCCGCCGAAACCCGGCAUGCGCAGCGACACAAGCGGCGCAAGCUGGUGGAGCGGCUGGGGCCCGUGUGGAGCGACGGCGAGCUGCGCGCGUUCUACAGCCUGCUCCGCGCCGAGGGGAAGAACUGGCGCAAGGUUGUGGCGGAGUUACCGGGGCGAACAGAGGAGAUGGCAGAAGCACUCUUCAACAUGAAUAGAGCGUACCUGUCGCUGCCCGAGGGAGCAGCGUCGGCGGUGGGGCUCGUGGCCAUGAUGACGGACCACUACUCCAUGCUCCACGAGGCGGCGACAGAGCAGCCGCAGGGAGCAGACGAGGCAGCACAGGCAGCAGGGCAGGACCACGGGAGCCAGGCGGCGUCUGUCACUCCGCCUGUGGGGCGCCGAGGGAGUGCUGGCCGCGGCAGCAGGGGGGGCGGUGGUGUGAGUGAGAGUGCGAGUGAGGCGGAAGGGGAGAGUGAAGGGGAGGGGGGCGGUGUUGGUUUCAGAAGUGAGAGUGAUAGGGGCAGUGAGAGUGAGGGGGAGAGUGAGAAUGAGAGUGAGAGUGAGGUGAGGGUGCAGUCUCACAGGCCUGCCACCAGGAGCAGGCCGCACACGGUUGCCGUGGUGGCAGGGGCAGGGGUGGCAGGGAGAGGUGAUGCAGACAGGGAAGGCGAGAAGAGGUGCGCUGCUAGUGGUGGUGGUGGUGGUGAUGUGCGAGUUUCACUGCCACAACAGCGGCAGCAGCAGCAGCAGCAGGAGAAGGAGAAGGAUAGCAGAGUGCAAGAGAGGUCAACGCGCGGGGGUGCUGAGAGUGCGGUGGCAGGGCGAGGGGCGGCGGACGCAGGGGCAGCAGAGGCAGGGGCGCGUGGAGAUGACGUGAGGGCUGCUGGCGUGCUGGCAGGGGCGGGGGCAGAGGGGUCUGGAGAGGAGAAGGGCCACGGGGGUGGCAGCUCCGGAUUGGACGCCCUGGCGACGCUGGCGGAUAUUUCUCUCACAGCCAUGGCUCAUGCCAGCAACCACGCUGCCCCUGCCGGCUCUGCUGCUGUGUCUGCUAGCGGCGCUGCUGCUGAUGCCUGUGCCGCUGCCCGUGCUGCCAGUGCUGCCGGUGCUGCUGCUGGCACAGGCCAUCUGGCACCGCCCCAGCAGCAGCACGAGGAGGAGGGGGAGGAGCAGGGCGAGGGAGGUGCAGUGCAGCAGCAGCAGGCAGGCGGCAGCAAGGCGGGUGUGGAGGGGAAGGGAGGCGGGGCGCAGGGCAGCAGCGAGGCAGGCAGGGCGGGUGGGGAGGUGCAGAGGAAGAAGAAGAAGAAGCUCAGGGCGGGAGGGGCCGUGGGGAGUGCGGGGAAUGAGGGGAAGAGGAGCAAGGCCGACCACCCUAUAGGCCCGCCCCACCUUCCCGCCUCCCUCCCCUUACCCGGCUCCUACCCUCUCCUGCCCCCACCGCCAAUGCCCCCCCUGCCCGUCCCUCUCACCUUCCCUGCGCACCCUCCGCCACCCGCCAUGCCCUUUGCUGCCCCUACCGCCCCUGUGCCAGCAGCACCCGCAGUGCCAGCCGCUGCAGGAAUUCGGCCCGGCAGAGCGAGUGCUUUCAGUGUUGUGGUCCCAGGCGUGCCGGGUGCCAUUCCAGGUGCCAUGUCAGGUGCCAUGUCAGGUGCCAUGUCAGGUGGGAUUCCAGGUGGGAUGCACAGCGCUGCAGCUGGUGGCAUGGCAGCAGGCAUGGGAGCGGCCGGAAUGGGAGGGGGGGGGGGCAUGGCGGGAGGAGCUGUGGGUGGCGGUGGGGCGCGUGUGGAGGAGGACCCGCUGGACGACAUGCUGCGGCGCUUCCAGCACGCCGCCGCCGCACACGCCACCGCCACCACUAGGGUGGGUACCGCCGCGCACGCAGGCAACGGCGCGCAUGCUGGCAGCGGCAGGGCGGCGGGGAGUGGGGCGAAGUUGAGCAGUGCACGGCAGGCAGGGGGCGAGGCGAGGGCGGGAGGGGAGGCGCGGGCAGGGGGCGAGGCGCAGAGGAAAGCAGCAAGCGAGGGGCAGAGGCAGCAGGGAGCAGGAGGUGGGGCGAAGGCGGCAAGGGGAAGCAAGGGGGCUGUGAAGGCAAGGAGGAAGGGGGAGGAGCAGGCGCAGGGCGAGAGGAAGGGGCAAAGCAAGGGGAGGGAGGAGCCUGUGCAGGGCGCGGAGGAGCAGCCCCACGCCACUCCCCGCUCACAUGCUCCCUCCGCCCCUCCAAUGGUGGCUUCCCGGGCUGCCCCUGCUGCUACAGGCGCUGCUGAUGCGGGUGCACGUGUGGCGGAUGGGGAGCGAAGGAGAGAGAGGAGGAAGGGGAAGGAGGCAGGGGCGAGGGAGCGGAAGAAGGGCAAGGAGGGGGGAGUGAGAGAGAGGAGGAAGGGGCAGGAGGGGGGAGGGGCAGAGAGGGUUGCGCUGGACCUGAUGGGGGGCGACAGGGAGGGUGCAGUGGGUGGCGUGGGGGACGCUCAGGCGCCUCAAGGAACGAGUGCGGCGGACAGGGGUGGUGUGGAGCAGGCGGAGUGGGUGGACUCGCAGCUGCAUCCCACCCAACAGCAGCACCACCAGCGACGGCCAGUCACAGCACAGCUGCUGCCGCUGCUGCCACCCUCACAGCGCACUGACACAGCAACAGCAGCAGCAGCGGCGGCAGCAGCAGCAACAGCAGCAGCAGCAGCUCCCACCGUUGGCUCCCGAGCUGCUGCCCUCUCCCAUCCCCUCUCCCCCUCCUCCUCGCCCUCUCUCUCCCUCCGCCUACCAUCCACUCUCCCCCCCUCUCCGCACCUCUCUGCAUCCCUCACCCCUGCUGCUGCUGCAUUCCACCUCUCAACGGCACCACCGGCCCUACUGCUGCAAAUGCCACCUCCCAUUCCUCCAGCACAGUCCGUGCCCCCUAUGCCUCCCAUGCCCAACCACACGGGCUUCCCCCCGCGCUCUGCCCCUCUGCGCCUGCCCCUCCCCUUGGGCGGGGAGCAGCAGCGGGGAGGGGAGGCGAAGGCGGAUGCCACAUGGGCGCCCAUGCCACAUCAGUCUGCAAACCACGUGCUGCCACCUCAGCAGCUAGAGCACCAGCAGCUGGGAGGUGGCAUCGGGGGCAGAGUGCCGGCAGUAGCGGCGCGAGGGGCAGGGCGGAGGAAGAGUGGAGUGGUGCAGCGGAGUGGGGGAGGGGAGGGUGGAGGGAGCGGAGGGAGCGAGGCGCACGGGCCAGAGGGCACAGCAGUGCGCGGGGCACCGCGUGCCUUGGCCCCCGCCUCAGGCGUGUGCCAGGCUGUGCUGCGGUGGAGCCGCCACGAGUUCUUCUACAGCGCUCUCGACCGCCCCUGGUUCCACCACAGUGACUUCACCCGCUGCCUCGCCCUGCUCGCCGCCCACCAGCCAUGCUCCCUCUCUCGCACCCUCUGGCGCCUGCUCCGCUGUGCCAUGGGCAAGCCACGCCGCCUCUCCCCCGCCUUCCUCGCGGAGGAGCGCGCCAACCUCAACGCCUUCCGCUCCGCCGCCCGUGCCGCCCUUGCCGCCGCCGCUGCCGCUGCUGGGCCCGCAGAGGGGGGAGGGCAGGGGGGGCAGGUGCAGGGUGGGGGACUGGGCACACACGCGGUCAGAGAUGUGGAUGUGGACGUGCUGCCGGUGCCCCUGCAGCAGGGUCUUGGCAUGCCGCCAUUGCACGCAUGGCAGCCUGGCCACCCACUGCAGCUGGGCCACCUGGACCUCAACGCCUGCCUCUCCCCCCCCGCUGCUGCUGGAGCUGCUGGCCCUGCGAGUGACUCGUUCAAGACGCCCACGCACCGGCCACUGGCAGCACCGGUACUGCCCGCGGCCAGCCCAGGGGAGGCAGGGCUGUCGAGGGAGCAGGACGCGCGGGCGGUGGUGGAGGUGGUGCGGUGCUGCGACAAGAAGGCUGCGCUGCUGGCGGACCUGCAGUGGCUCAACGUGCAGGCAGAGGCGCACGUGGGGGCACAGGCGGAGGCGCACGCGGAGGCGCAGCAGGAGAGAGGCGCAGAGGGGGGGCUAAGGGGCGAGGGGCAGGGGGUGGCGAAUGGCACGGCGGUCACGGCGGGUGUUGGGGGUGGAGGGGCGGGUGGCGCAGGUGGGGAGAGGCAGGCGGGCGAGGGGGGCGUGAUGGGGGAGAUGGGGCGGGGUGGAGGGGUGGUGCUGGACGAGUCGUUUCAGCGGCAGUAUGCAGUGGUGUUGCUGCAACUCAGGGACACAGACAAGCAGGUGAGUGGGGAUAGGUGCUUGUGUGCACACGCUACUCUAUCGUGUGUGCAUGCCGUGCCAUGCCAUGCCAUGGCAACUCUUUCUCUGCGUGCCAUGGAGCCACACCUGCCGUUCGUUCCCUUGUCCCCUCCUUUCCCCUCGCUCCCCUGUCCUGGAACGGUCCUUCAUCAUGCUACAUGCCACCCACAUCCCAUGAUCAACUCUCUCUCCCGCUUCCCUCGCACUGCACCCCUCUGCACCCCUCUGCAGCUGGAUGACGCCCUGCGCGCGCUCAGAAGCCGCAAUCGCUUUCUCCAUCCAGGCCUGCCCCACCCCUCGCCCUCGCCCCUCCCUUCCCCACACACCACCAUCCGCCCCCUUCCUUCCCCCUCCGCUCCCCCUCUCUUCCCCUCCCCCUCCGCCCCCCCUCUCUUCCCCUCCCCCCUCAUGUCUGCCGCUCGCCUCCUCACUGCCUCCUCCUCCCACACCGCCCUCGCCAACGCUCCCCUCCGCCUCCCCCCUCUCAUCCCCCUACCUGCCCUCGCCCCCCCUCUUCCCCCUCUUGCUCUGCCGCCCACCUUCCUUCCCCCUCCCCCUCACCUCCUGCAAGCCCCUUCCAGCGCACCAGCACCAGCAGCAGCAGCAGCUGCAGCUGCAGCAGCACAAGCACCAGCAGCACCGGCAGCAGCAGCCGCUGGUGCUGCAGCAUUGGCAGCAGCGGGAGUCGUGGGAGGGCAAUCGGGGAAGGCUUAUCAGAGUGACAGGAAGGAUGACAGGGCAUUGCAAAGUUGCAAUGAGCAGGGCAUGGCGCUAGGGCGGAUGGUGGAAGCCAUGCAGGGCGGAGGGGAAGUGGAAGUGAGGGAGGGAGGAGAGGGAGGGCGGGAGGGACAAGGACUGCAGGAAGGGGUUGCGGGUGAGGGGGGGAGGAUGGUGUGUGGGGAGGAGGCGGUGUCAGGGGGGCCGGUGUCAGAGGGCGUGCAGCAGAUGAUAGGUGAGGCGCAGCAGCGUGCAAGAGGCAUGGUGGUCGCCGCCCUGCGCGCCCUCGCCCUCUGCCCUGCUGGCGCCGACCCCACGCUCCUCCUCAUGCAAGCUGUCUCCAACCCCCCCCCACCACACCUCCCCCCACCACACCUCCCCCCACCACACCUCCCACCACCACAUUUCCCCUCAGCUCCACCCACCUCCACCCCUCCAUCUGCCAUCCCCUUACCCACCACCGUCCCGCCUGCUGCUCCCCCUGCUGCUCCGCCUGCUGCUCCCCCUGCUGCUCCCCCUGCUGCUCCCCCUGCUGCCCCUCUGGCUGCUCCGAUGCAGCAGGCACAAGCACCACAGCAGCCGGGUCAGCAGGCGCAAGCCACACAGCAAGCAGCAGAGCAGGACCAGUCACUUGCUGCUGUGGGCGCUCCGCCCUCCUCUGCUGCACUUGCUGCUGAUGCAGGCAGCAUGGCACACCCCACUGAACCAUACCACACCGCAUUGCACCACACCGCUUCACAACACCCUGCACCCCUUCCUCCAUCCUCCUUGCGCCCCACGGCCCACCCCAGCAGCACCCCGCCCCCCCACCCGGCGCGCUACCGCCUGCUGCAGCUGACCCCCCAGGGCCCCGCCUUGAGGAGCCCGGGCAAGCUCGCGCACACCUUGCUCUCGCAGGGGGGCGGGGGGGCCAGGGGCGAGGCAGGGGCGGGGCGGUGGGAGGAGGGGGCGGGGGCGCGGGGGCUGCUUUGUGCGUCGGAGGAGGGGGGGCUGUCGGCCACCACGGGCACCACAGGGGGGUCCGACGCCGAUGCUGUGGGCGCUGCUGUUGGCGGCGAUGCCAAUGGGGGGGUAGAGGCAGCAGCAGGCGUGGUGGGAGGGGGAAAGGGGGGGGGAGCCGAUGGUGCAUCCCAGCAGAAAGAGGCGGCCUCCUUUGCCCAUCCUGCCACACCUGCCACUGCUCCCGCUCACCCUGCCUCUGUUUCCCCGGACCACCACCGGGCGCUCUUCUCCCCCUCCCCCCCGUUCUCCGCCAGUCCCCCCUCCCCCCUCCCGCCCUCCACCACUGCCACUAUGCCUGCCUAUCCGCCUGCUACGGGCUGCCCUGUCCCUGCCACAGCAGCCCCAGCCGGUUCGGCAGCCCCAACAGCAGCCCCAGCAUCCCAUGUGAUCAGCCCGCACCGGUCGUCCACCACCAAGGCCAGGCCCCCUUCCAGCCUCCGCCCCUCCUCCUCUGUGCCCUUGCCCGCCUGCCCUCCCAGCAGCACUGCACGUGCUGCUGCCACCGCUGGUGGGGGGGGUGAGGGGGAGGAGGGGAGAGAUGGGCUGCAUGGAGCAGCGGUCGCGAAUGGGAUGGUCGGAGGUAGCAUGGAGGAAGCGGGUCGAGGGGAGAAGAGCGAUGGAGAGAGAGAGGCGGAGGGGCAGACUCGACUGUCUGCUGGGGGCGAUGUCUCGCUCGUCAUGCAGCAGUGCCUCACCUCGCUGCUCCUCGUUCAGGCGGCGUGCAAAUGCACGGACUUGUCGGCGUCCGACCUGCAUGGGAUCCGCAAUUUCUGUCAGGCAACGAUGUCAUCUGCCCCUACUAACAACGGCACGCUCACCCGCAUUCAUUCGUGUAUCGCCAGUAUAUGCCAGCACCUCAUUUCCAACCUAGGGGCUCCUAGGCAACGCGCUCGUUGCUUUAGGCCUCUCUUGCUGGCAUAACUCUAGAGAAAUUGUGCUUGGGCAUGUAGAAUUGAGUGCUUCAAUAUGAAGCAUUAUAUUUUUUGUAUGGUGUUCAUACGCACUAUUUUUUUGUAU